AUGAUCACGACAAUAUCCACUAUCACUGGCGACUAUGCUAUAUUGACUGUCAACACGUCAUUGACGGGGAACAACACUUCAUUAUACACACGCGCCGGAUUGUUUAUGACCACUAUACCCCAUAAUCAGUCUCACGCAAAUGACCAAGUUCUUCUAUAUCAAUUAAAUUUUCCAAAUUUAAAUUUUAUUGGACUUUAUUGUGACAUAGCACCUAGCGGUAUCGGUUAUGUAUGCGUAAUUGAAAUUAGUACUAAUCAAACGCAAUCGACUUAUGCGAAAGUUGAUUUCUUAACAUCCGCAUCGGUGACGCAGAUCACUUUACUAAACAAUAAGCCUGACAUUAGCAAAACUGGGAUCACGUUUCAAGGUCUUGGAAUGCAAGCAAUGGCAUUCGGUGGUUAUAUAUUUUAUGCUAUGAAUCAAAAUAACGGUUAUUAUUAUAUUUGGGCUUAUGAUGAAAACAACAACCCUAUUGGGCAAGUGGGAGGAGGUUAUCCUACAAAUAAAUAUGCAGCAAAUGCUCUUUAUAAUCAUAUUAACCAAAAUAAUCUUAAUGCUGCAAAUGGUAUUAUGAGGAAUAAUAAUACUUUUAUACUCGCAUCAUCCACACCCGCUACAACGACUUCGUGGUCUCUGUACAAGAUUCCAUUACCUAUGGUUAUACAUGAUAAUGGAUACGGUAAUAUUCAAGUAGUUAAAAUCGAUCCAUCACCCAUUGAUAAAGAACUUACGAGUAUUAGUGGCACUGUCGAUGCAACGACAAAUACUUUAAGUAUUACCUUUAGAAAUCCUGUUAUUCUGUCAACCGGCUCUAUCACCAUUUACAAAAAUUCCGACAAAACAAUGAGGCAAAAAAUUUUGGCAACCAUGCAUGAUCACGUUAGAUAUAUAGAUAAUAACCAUACGAUUGUCAACAUAGACAUCAUUAGUAGUACAUUUAAUCAAUACGGUGAAAAAUAUUAUAUGCAGAUGGAUGCUAACUUUGUCAGGGAUGAAAAGCUCUAUGAACCUUUAGUAGGAAUUGAUGAAGGGAUUGUGAAUUAUAAAUCAAGUAAUAUUUUCGCAAAUAUACCACGUCCUUCAGAGGAAUCUGCUAUCUAUGUAGCUCGUCUCACAGUGAAAAAAAAAACCAAUAUUAACAGGCUAUUCAACUAA